UUAUAAUCUCGGAAUCCGUCGGAAGCCCAUCCGUGGUCGGUAUCGUAUUCGAUCGAUGCGGAGGUCCACAGCGUAAUCCAGCGAGGUAAACCCGUUAUCAUCCUUCGUCCCUAGAGAUCCAGUUCUUGGUCGGAAAUCUUUCGUGAUUACGGAACCCAAUCCUGUGUGUGUUGCUGACUGCCUUUGGGAAGGAGGUUGGAGGGUUUUGAGGCGGAAGUCGGAGCUGGAGGACCGAUAAAGUUUGGUCCUUUUGGCCAUUGAGACAGAAUUCGGAGGUGGAAGAUCUACUUGAUGCCUUUACGCUAGAACCCUACGGGUUUGCUUUGAGGAAGGGUAACUCUCUGGUUGCUUUCCCAUGGUUUCCUAUCUUCAUAAGGUGAAGAAACAUAAUUAAUGGUACUUGUAAAGUAGAGAUCGUAUUAUUAUUUAGACAGUUAAUGGCUAACGAGUCUGCAAAACGGCCGUUGCUCUCAGGGUUAGUAGAUCCUCCUAAAUAUCCCCAGAAGAAUACCACAACCAAGAGAAAAAGGUUCCUCCGUAGUAAAAGUGCCCCAUCUGUCGACAUCCUAUUGGGUCCGACUGAAGUUGGUGGCACACUUCCUGAUUCAAAGUUGAAUUCCAUCUAUUUUCGUCCAAGCCUUAAGCAAGUAGUUCUCUACUUGGUUAUCUACCUAGGAGCAGGGGCUGCUUGCUUUUAUCUUGUAAAGGAUCAACUUGCUGGCAAGAAAACAAAUGGUGUUCUUGAUGCUAUAUACUUCUCCAUCGUAACAAUGACCACCGUUGGUUAUGGAGAUCUGGUUCCAAAUAGUGUCACCACAAAACUUCUAGCAUCUGUUUUUGUGUUUACUGGCAUGGCAAUAGUAGGUAUGUUGUUAAGUAGAGCAGCUGAUUAUCUUGUUGAAAAGCAGGAAAUGUUGUUAUAUAAAGCAUUACAUAUGCGUUGCAAGGGAGGGGAGGCACAUAUGUUGAAACAGAUUGAGACUAACAAAGUAAAAUAUAAAUUCUAUACAACUGCAGUGAUUCUUGUAUUGCUAAUUACCAUCGGGACUGUGUUUCUAUGGAAGGUCGAGAAAAUAGAAUUUGUCGAUGCCUUUUAUUGUGUUUGUUCUACUAUAACCACAUUAGGAUAUGGAGACAAGAGCUUCUCAACUGGAGGAGGUCGUGCAUUUGCUAUUUUCUGGAUCGUAACUAGCACUGUUUGUGUAGCUCAGUUCUUUCUAUACCUUGCUGAGUUAAACGCAGAACACCGACAGAAAUUACUGGCUAAAUGGGUCCUUACUAGGAGAAUGACAUUUGUGGACCUUGAAGCAGCAGAUCUUGAUGAUGAUGGUGUUGUGGGUGCUGCAGAGUUCAUAAUUUAUAAGCUGAAAGAGAUGGGGAAGAUCAGCGAAGAGGAUAUCGCACUUGUGAUGGAGGAAUUCGAGGAUCUCGACAUUGAUCAGUCCGGUACACUAUCAGCAGCUGAUCUGGUUCUUGCUCGGUCUAAUCAGUAGAGAAGCUUAUGGUUAACACCAUACUUCUUUCAGAUGUAUCUAUUGGUUGUUAAGUUUAUGUUAAUAAAUGCUUCUCUCAAGUUAAUUUUGUCAAUAUUCUAGUUUGUC